GCGCGUAAUUUGUUUUCGUAAAGUCUAAAAUUUCAGUGCGUGGUAAAGAUAAAUUCUUGGUCAAUUUUGUAUGUGCUACUUCCAGUUAUUUUUUGGCUUGUACCGCGUAAAACCUCUGUCACUACGGUACUAUUACUGUACUAAGUAAAUACGUCGUUUCAUUCGAAAACUUAGGAGUCGGCGUAAUUAAUUAGCCUUAUAAAUGUGGUAACUUGAUUUAUCAUUGCGAAUAAUUGAAUGAAACUACAGACUUUUCAUGAAGGCGGCCCCUCACAGGGACUGUGCAGAUAGUAAGAUGCCUCUAUUGAAAGGAACGACAGCAAAUUAUAUUUGUCAUAUUUGUCGGCAAUCUCAUGAAAAUCUCAUAACUCUUCACAGGCACCAUGUGUCUGCUCAUACCUCAGAGGAACUUUCCUUCGCCAUGAUUGCCUUAAAUGGUUGGACAUUUACGAGCAGUGACGGAAAAGUGAUUGAAGGUAGUGUAGAUUCUGUAACUCACGACGGAAUAUGUGGUGAAAAUGACGCCACGACGACGGAAACGGUGAAACAAUCCGACGAAUGUCUAUCAGACAUUUCAUUACCAGCGACAUCCUUGACUGAUGACGGUCCAGUCAAUUUAGUUCCUUUCUACAGCGAAAACUCUCCUUUUAAAUUAUCAGAUGUACCAUUGGAUAUGAGCAUUUUACAUGACAGUGGUAGCGUUAGUGAAAGAAGUGUGAAUCCAGCAAAGAGUGCACAGCCACUGUAUGGUGGAAAUAAUUUAAAUGUACCUGUGAUGCUUCAAGACAAACAAAGGACUGCUAUAAGUGGUAUAAAUGACCAAUGUGAUCACUCACCUUCUGCAGUCUCGAGUGAUGAUUUCAGUGGUUCUGAAACUGAAACUGAUAUAGAGGUUAAUGGAAGUGGACGAUUAUUCGAUAGUGACUAUGAUAUCAAGAUAGAUAUUUUUGAUGAAUAUGAAGACCUAGAAACAGAGGAAGGUAGCAGACCUCUUCGCCCAACCAGAAAUGAGGAUAGUAUCAACAAUUUGACAGUUGCUGAAAAUAGCAGUAUGGAAUGCAGUAGUAGAUGCGUUUUAGCAGUGGAAAGUUCCCAGAAGAAAGUGGUGAAGAAAGAAUGCAUAAAUGACUCUUUAGCUUGUGUUACAGAAGACCCGAAUAAUACUUUUGAAAAUGAAAUUAUGCCUUGUACAAGUGAUAACAAUUGCACGUUGGCAUGUGCAGAUACACAUUCUCACAAAAAUAACCAGUCUGUAUUUGAUGACACAAAAAAAGUGAGUGAUAAAUGCAGUGAGAUUACAGCCUCAGAUCACAAUGUUGUGGAGUUUUCAAAAACACUUACCUGCAGUGCAGAGUACAAUGAUUCAGCUGAUUUGGUUAACAGUGUGGACUGUCACAAGGGUAAUUGUACUCUACAAGAGGUAUUUGUACCUUUGGUAGAAACUGGCAGUGCAGAAUACAGGCACAGUAUCUGUGGUACUGCUGUAACAAACACGUCAAUGGUUGAUGAACUGAGCUCCCUGCACAGAAAUUCAAGCCCCUUAUGUAAAAUAUCUGAAAAGGAAGAACUCUUAGAAAACAGCAAAAUUUAUUGUGGAGUUAAAUCUGUCUGUAACCCAGCACCUAAAAUGAAAAUUGAAAGACUUGAUCCAAAUAGUCUCACUGUUUGUACUUCUGCUUCAGAAAUUAUUUCCAGCCAAAUAAUCAGAAAAGACACUGUUCCAGUUUACAGGUGUGCAAUUACAUGUGUUACGCGCUCAGGUGGUUUCUUUAAAGCAAAAGUUGAUCCAGGUCCUUUGAAAGAUGCAACCAUUAGUAAAGUAGCAGAAAGGCGUUUCUUUUGUGAAUCUUGUGGUAAGGGUUAUAAGAAGAAAUCGCAUCUCGAAAGGCAUUUGCGAGCUCAUACUGGAGAGCGCCCAUUUCAGUGUUCGUACUGUACCAAACGAUUUGCUGUAAGAUCGAUAUUGAAACAGCAUGUCCGCAUCCAUACAGGUGAGAAACCAUACUGUUGUUCAGUUUGCCUACAGCGCUUUCCCCAAAAAUCUGGCUUGAUGACACAUAUGAUGCUCCACACUGGGAAACCAUUCAAAUGUGAUCUGUGUGAGAAAUCAUUUGUGUCAAACCACAAGCUGUUGCAACAUUUAAAAUCACAUGAAAGCCAAAAUAUUUAUUCCUGCUCAGAGUGCAAAACAAAGUUUUUCACAGAAGGAGCAUUGAGGGAACAUGGGAAGAUACACAGUGAAGCAAAGCUUGAGCUUCCUGCAUGGCAAGUGGAUUUUUUGCAAAAAGAUUUCUGAUUUGUUGAAACAUCUGUAACGUAACCUGACUGAAUUUGUUUGUUUCUUGUGUUUUAUGUGUGAUGUGUGUUCAAAACAAUGGUAAGGUCAGAAAAUUUAUAUUAGGCCUAUUAUUUGUUAAAAUGUGUCAUUUUUGUAUAUCUAAUGAAAUGUUACUAUCUACUACUCUGUUUCUGAUUGCCUGGGAACAUGUGCACUGUGCAGCAGUGAGUUGUUUACUGUCAGUGUUGUCUUUCGCAGUUUGUUAUAUGGUAUUGAUUUUAGGGAAUCUGCUUGGUUGCAUUUACUUUGUAAAAUAUGUUUUUGCCCUUGUACAUUUAUUUUCUUUUUAAUAUUUUGAAUAUGUUAUUUUGUUGCAGAUGUGUAUCACAAUUGUUUUUACUUAUCUUCUGCUUUAACAUUAUAGUGAUGUCUAUGUUAAACAUCUUUGAAACCUAGAAAAGAAAUAUAAAAUUAAAUUUCUGAAUGUGAACCAACUGAGUGGUAGUUGUCUUCAAAAUAAGUCUGUAUUGUGAUAUCUAUUGUAUAUUGUUUCAUUUAAACCAAGCAGUGUGUCUACGUGAGAUCUGUGGACCAAUUGAUAUCUUAGAUAUGUUUGUUACACAUGGAACUUGUUCAUGUAUUCUUUAAUGAAAAAUGUGAUUUUUCUUAUCUGUGAUCAUUAUUGUGCGAAGAUGUUGUUCUUCUUGUAAAUGUAUUUUUUGAAAACCUCUUUAUCAGUUCUUAGCAUCUUAAUAA